AUGCGGAGACAAUCUCGGGCGCAUGUGGAUCCGAAGCCGGGAUUAAUGCGGUUGGAGGAACCUCAAUCCAGUGCAAGAACAUCACCCGAUAACGUCGAGAUUUUGGUUGCCGAGCAACAUUCCCCCGGUGAAAUCCAACCCAGUCCUAGUGCUACCGAGAUUCCACGAGUCUCACAUGAUGCACUACCGCUUGAUCAAACGCUUUUGGCAUCCCUCAAUACCGAUGCGUCACUACACGACCAGUACAGAGUCGAUCAUCUCUAUCAAGCAGAGGAUCAGAAUGCCACUGAGUCCUCUUCUCGCUUCGAGCUUACUUCGCAACAUAUUCUUCUGACAUUGGCCAUGGACUUGGGACCCACGGAACUCCCGACCCAGUCUUCCUAUUCCUACUUCAUGGAAAAGGUGGAAUCUCCCAUCCUCUGCCCUUUUGAUUCUUUUAACUGGAGAAGAAUCAAAAUCCAUGUCGCCCAGUUGGGAUUCCAAGAAACUUCUGUGGCUAUAUCUAUUCUGGCUGUACAAGCUCUGUAUAGGGCCCAGGCAGAUCGUCUACCCAUGUCACACGCCAUGUCACUAUACCAAGCCGCUGCAACUGAAUUUGAAUCGAUUUCACGCAACGAUACUGUUGACUUCAAUAUCGUCCUUGCCGUUUUCUUCCUCCUUUCUCUAUCUGUGGUCACGCUCCCGAACGAAGAUAGUCUUGCCUUACGCGAAUUGGAUGGACCCUUCGUGACAAGAUUGGAAACUUGGAUACUUACUCAUAAUCGGUCGCCUAUUUCCUUGCGAAUCGGCGCCUGGUUACAAUUCCUUGACACGGCUACUAAACGUGCGGGAAAUCCUGGCCUUCUACCGGAGCCAGUGUCAAGUCUUCUUCAACGCCACGUGAUGCAUCCUCCGAGUCUCUCUCCACUUGAACACGACCAAAAUGCGGCAAAUGUUUUGUACGAUACCGUGAGUGCUCCUCUCUUCGACUUUUACCUCGAACUUCAGAAGAUUUCGAAUCGCGUCGCUGAUUUGAGCCACUAUCGCCGGUCACGAAUUACGCCAACAGACCAAGCAGAAGUAACCGAAAUUUCCAAAGGUCUAAAAACACACAUGUCAUCUCUAUGGGAAGCUCGACCGGGCCCUUUACGGCUACAACCAGGCGAACUUCGAGAUAAUUUGAGUCCUACGAUAGCAGACCAACUCAUUGCCCUUGCCGGUGUUUGCAUGGCUGCAUACCUUGCUGAAGUUGUCGCGCUUGGUCGCACCCUUGGGGAUCCUCCAUUUGCAUCAACCGAAGCCAUACAAGCCAUGAGCAAAAUGCGAGAUCUCAUCGAAGGCGAUUGGAACACCUCGAAUGGCGGUGCACUGAACCCAGGAUACCUUCGGCCGCUUUUUGUAUAUGCGAUCGAAGGUUUAUCAAAAGAGGAAACUCUAUGGGCGGUCAAUCGUCUAAGGCAAAUCAAAAAUCCUUUAACCAAUUUCGGCGAUAUGGUGUAA